UUUUCUGCUUGUUUAGCAAGAUGGCAGAAUUGGAUCGUUGGGUCGACAUCGCGAAAGAUUGCAAAUACUUGCCUGAAAAUGAUCUUAAAAAACUCUGCGAUUACGUUUGUGAUUUGCUGCUUGAAGAGUCAAACGUUCAGCCGGUGUCUUCUCCAGUAACGGUCUGUGGGGACAUCCAUGGUCAGUUCUAUGAUUUGGAGGAGCUGUUUCGAACUGGUGGUCCUGUACCAGACACUGCAUAUAUUUUUAUGGGGGAUUUUGUCGACAGAGGUUAUUACAGUUUGGAGUGCUUCACAAGACUUCUAACAUUAAAGGCCAAAUGGCCCAACAAGAUCACUUUAUUGCGUGGAAAUCACGAAAGCCGACAAAUCACCCAAGUCUAUGGUUUCUAUGAUGAAUGUCAAAACAAGUAUGGAAAUGCGAACGCCUGGAAAUACUGUUGCAAAGUAUUCGACCUGCUGACCAUAGCAGCUAUAAUCGAUGAUCAGGUGUUAUGUGUGCACGGCGGUCUGUCGCCGGACAUCAAGACACUUGAUCAAAUACGAACCAUCGAGAGAAACAUGGAAAUACCGCACAAAGGAGCAUUCUGUGAUUUGGUGUGGUCUGAUCCGGAGGACGUCGAGACCUGGGCCAUGAGUCCCCGUGGUGCAGGCUGGUUAUUUGGCUCUAGAGUUACGCAAGAGUUUGUCCAUAUAAACAGUCUGAAAUUGAUAUGUCGCGCGCAUCAGCUUGUCCACGAAGGGUACAAGUACAUGUUCGACGAGAAACUGGUGACCGUUUGGUCAGCACCUAACUACUGUUACCGGUGUGGCAACAUUGCCUCCAUACUCGCUUUCACCGAUGCCGAUAGGAAGGAAGCUAAACUAUUCAAAGCGGUCGCCGACAACGAGAGGGUGAUCCCUCCUCGCACCACCACGCCAUAUUUCCUGUGAAGAUGCUAUUACAAGGUCGGGUUCGUGAAUGAUAAAGAAAUUUUUCAAGACGAGAGGUAACUUCCAUCUUGAACAUGCAUGUAUGUAAAUCCGCAAAUAAUAGUCUUCGAGCGGUUUAAUUAAUCCAUCUUCGAAGAAUUAGAGAUAUAACUUAAUCCAGCUUUGAAAUAAUUAGAGAUGAACUUAAUCCACCUUUGAACUAAAGUAUGUGGAUAAACUCGUGGAUUUAUUUUCAUUGAAAUAAUUGCAAUGCAGAAGAAAAUUCAAUGGAAAAGCACACUUAUUCGACAAAAUGCACCUUUCCAUUGAAUUUCUGUAUAAAGUUAAAUAUUUUACUGCAUGAAUUUAGUUUUUGGUCAAAAAAUUAAAAUCUGACCAAUGUCUGUUAAUUAACUUUACUUGAUCAGAGGUAUAAAUUAUGAAAAUAUAUUGUGCAAUUCGUAA